CUGCCAAAUUUACGUAUUAAAAUAAAAAUUUGUCUAAGAACGUGUCACUUUUCGCGCGUUGCAUUGUAACGUCUUUGUGGAUUUUUUUUUUUAAUGUUGAUUGGUGGCAGGUUUAGCGCGCCAUUCGUAUGUACGGUCACGUGGAAGACACAUUAAUUAUAUAACAUUAAGCAGACAAUAUUCGUUCGUGCCACACCCCCUUUUUCAGUACACUCGCCACAUGUUCAAUAAUCUGCACAAAUCUAUUUUAAUUUGACUUUACGUGCCUUCCAUCUGACAAUUAUGCUUACUGUUUCGGAAAUCGCGCAAAUACAAGUGGCAUGGUAUGCUUAUGCAUUUGAUGCCUUGAUAGAUGAUAAACAUGAUAAUAGCAGGUAUAUUAAAAAAUUAUUUAUAAAAAAGAUAUAUUAGUAAAAAUGACAGAAUACUGGCUAAUAUCCGCACCAGGAGACAAAACCUGUCAGCAAACAUGGGAAACUAUGAACAACUUAACAUCUAAGCAGCAUUCUUUGUCAGUGAACUACAAAUUUCACAUUCCGGAUCUAAAAGUUGGAACAUUGGAUCAAUUGGUUGGUUUAUCGGAUGAUCUUGGCAAACUUGAUGCAUAUGUGGAGCAAGUAACACGUAAAGUGGCGACAUAUCUGGGGGAGGUUUUGGAGGAUCAGAGAGACAAGUUGCAUGAAAACUUGAUGGCUAAUAACAGUCAAACAUCAAUGGAUGGGAAGAGUUCAAGCCCCGAUGGGGGUCCAUACACCCAGGGGUCAAUCCCCGUUACACCAUCAUACAAGACUACAAAGGAACAUCACAGACAGUGGAGACAAUUGGAGAAGUCCGAACCAGAGCCGGCCAUCUAUUUAGGUGAUUUGCCAUCAUAUAUUACUCGAUUCCAGUGGGAUAUGGCUAAAUAUCCCAUCAAACAAUCUUUGAGAAACAUCGCGGAUAUUAUCAGUAAACAAGUGGGACAAAUUGAUGCUGAUUUGAAAACUAAGUCUACAAUGUAUAAUAAUUUGAAAGGCAGCUUACAAAAUCUUGAAAAAAAACAGACGGGAAGUUUACUAACACGUAAUUUAGCAGAUUUAGUAAAAAAGGAACAUUUUAUCUUGGAUAGUGAAUAUCUAACUACUUUGCUUGUAAUUGUACCAAGAUCCAAUUUUCAGGAUUGGUAUAGUUGUUACGAAAAACUGACAGACAUGAUUGUACCACGUAGUACUCAACUUAUUACUCAAGACUCAGAAUAUGGAUUAUUUACAAUUACUUUAUUUAAAAAAGUAAUUGACGAAUUUAAAUUACAUGCCCGUGAGAAAAAAUUUAUUGUACGAGAUUUUACAUAUAAUGAAGAAGAACUAGCAGCAGGAAAAUAUGAAAUUACAAAGUUGGUUACUGAUAAAAAGAAACAAUUUGGACCCCUCGUUCGCUGGUUGAAAGUGAAUUUUAGUGAAUGUUUUUGUGCUUGGAUCCAUGUCAAAGCUUUACGUGUAUUUGUUGAAUCUGUUCUUAGAUAUGGCUUACCUGUCAAUUUCCAAGCGAUAUUAUUGCAUCCGCAUAAGAAAUGUGCGAGAAGAUUACGUGACGUUUUAAAUCAGCUUUAUGCUCAUUUAGAUUCAUCUGCUACAACAGCGCAACAUAAUCAAGAUAAUGUGGAUAUACCAGGACUAGGUUUUGGCCAAAGCGAUUAUUUCCCAUAUGUUUAUUAUAAGAUCAACGUAGAUAUGGUUGAUAACAAGGUCUAAUUAUUAGAAUUUACUUUUCUUUUCCCGAAUAUCACACUUCGAUUUAUUUGUGAACAAUGGCACAUCAAGAAUCUAAGGCAGUGCGUACAAAUUUCUCGUCCAUAUUAAUACAUAAAAGGAUAAUGCAUUUCUAGAAACUUUUUUUUUAAUCGUCAUAAAGCCUUUUUCUGAUAGAAAUCGUUAUUUUUAAAAAUUAUUAAAAUAUUGGCAGUAUUAUAUUACAACCUAUAAUAUUAUUCAGAAUUGUGCACAAUAGUUUUUGCAUUCCUUUAUAUAUAUUUUCUUCAAGUAUUAAAUACAUAUAAAAAAAGUAAUUACAUAUAAAAUUAUGUAUUAUAUAUUACAUAAUAAUGAUAAAAUUCUCAGGUAAUUUUUAUCACAAUUACAUAUUUCUGAAUUAUAUUUAUGAAUUAAAUGUAACUAUAAUAAUAUAAAUUAUAUUUGAUAAUUUAUUGGAUUUUAUUCAUUAACUUACUUUUUAAUACUUGGAGCGCAAUUUUGCACAUUAGAAAUUUAUACCACUUCUAAAGAGUAUUGCUACAAUGUGUAAUCCUAUGUAUUGAUCUGUCAUAUACAGAGUUAAAAUGUUGAUUUUUUCAGUAAGAAAUCAGGAGUUACACAGAGAUAUACGCCUUGUUAUUAUAAAAAAUUCUAUAAGAAACAUUCAUAAGUGUAUCAUAUGAAUAUAUUUAACGAAA